CCGCCAAUAAACACAACAAGAAGAAGAAGAAGGGCAACACGUGCGGCAGCCUGGUGGACUGAUUGAAGUGAAUGUUGUGACUGAGUGAGAUUAGAAACGAGCGGUAAAUAACCAACUAUCGAUCAGAAAUGACCAAAAUAAAGAAGGAGAAAGUCUCUGCGGAUGGAGAGGAACCAGCAGCGGCGGAGGCCGGAGGGACGGAGCGGAGCUACACCGAGCUGAUCGCUCAUCUCAACCCCAUCGCUCAGCCGCUGGCCUCCAAGAAGCUCAGCAAGAAGCUCUACAAGUGCGUGAAAAAAGCUGCUAAAGUGAAGAACAUCCGGAGAGGAGUGAAAGAAGUUCAGAAAUUCAUCAACAAAGGAGAGAAAGGUAUUGUGGUUUUGGCCGGCGACACGCUGCCCAUAGACGUCUACUGCCACCUGCCAGUCAUGUGUGAGGACAGGAGCCUGCCAUAUGCCUACAUCCCGUCCAAAGUGGAUCUGGGUUCAUCUGCUGGAUCCAAACGGCCAACCUGCGUGAUCCUGAUCAAACCUCACGAGGACUACCAGGACGCCUACAACGAAUGCUUAGAGGAGGUAACCAGCCUCCCUAAACCGUUGUGAGACAGCCAAUCAGGAUGCAGCUCUGAUCUUUGAUGCAAGGCUGCGGUUUGCCCCUCUUUUUCCUGAAACUCCCUGUUCCCACAUCUGUGUUAAUCUGAGCUAAUGAUGUUGGGAUGGCAGGAGAGGAACUUCUUUGGACAUGAGGGCUGAGAGACACUGCCCCCUGCUGGACACAUGAAACCUUGAUUUUGAAAUUUUGAUCUUUACAUAAUUUGAGCAGUUAUUGAUCCCUGAACAGUUAAAGCUCUAAUGGACUUCCUUUUGUUUCGAAUGGUUAGGCAACAUUUGAAUAAUUUUUUUUCUUGUCGUAUUUUAUUAAAAACAUUUAAAGAGG